UGCGCUUCGGUCCAGGUCUGACGUCACACGCUGCUGCUGACAGCCUCGUCUUCCGCUGUUUGCUCCUGACCUCCCUCCAAAAUGGCCGGUGUACGAGCCCUUGGUGUGCUCUCCAGGAUAGCGUCGAGGAGAUACCCCGCUCUCACAGGGUCCUCUUCUCGAACCUUCUCUGUGGCCUCCACCAUGAUGGCCCGAACCCACGUGAACUAUGAGGUCAAGGGAGAUGUGGCCGUUAUCCGGAUGAAUGACCCAAAUUCCAAGGUGAACACCUUGUCGGUCCAGAUGCAGAGGGAGAUGUCGGAGGUGAUGGAGGAGGUCUGGGCCAACACUGCGGUGGGCAGCGCUGUCCUCAUCUCCUCCAAGCCCGGCUGCUUCAUCGCUGGAGCUGACAUCAACAUGAUCCAGGCCUGUACGAACACAGAGGAGGUGACUCGGCUUUCUCAGGAAGGGCAGAAGAUGUUUGAGAAGAUUGAGAAAUCGCCCAAGCCCAUCGUGGCUGCCAUCAACGGCUCCUGCCUGGGGGGGGGCCUAGAGUUUGCCAUCUCGUGCCAGUACAGGAUCGCCACCAAGAGUAAGAAGACGGUGCUCGGGACCCCCGAGGUCAUGCUGGGUCUGCUGCCCGGCGCCGGAGGCACCCAGAGGCUGCCCAAGAUGGUGGGAAUCCCCAGUGCCUUCGAUAUGAUGCUGACCGGUAGAAACAUCAGAGCGGACAAGGCCAAGAAGAUGGGCUUGGUGCACCAGCUGGUGGACCCCCUCGGUCCGGGGCUGAAGGGCCCAGAGGAGAGGACCAUUGAGUACCUGGAGGAGGUCGCCAUCGAGUUCGCCCGAGGAAUCGUUGCCAAGAAGAUCCCCCUGACCAAAGAGAAGGGCACGAUGCAGAAGCUCCAGGACUACGUCAUGAGCUACCCGGUGGUUCGUAACCAGAUCUACAAAACGGUGACGGGCAAAGUGAUGAAGCAGAGCAAGGGGCUGUACCCAGCGCCACUGAAGAUCAUCGAUAGUGUGAAGGCUGGCCUGGAGCAGGGUCCAGACGCUGGGUACCUGGCUGAGUCUCAGAAUUUCGGUCAGUUGGCGAAAACGACAGAAUCCGAAGCUCUCAUCGGCCUGUAUCAGGGCCAGGUGAUCUGCAAGAAGAAUCGCUUUGGAACACCUGCAAGACCGGUGAAGACGCUGGCCAUCCUGGGAGCCGGGCUGAUGGGGGCGGGCGUGGCCCAGGUGACGGUGGAUAAGGGCAUCCACACCAUCCUGAAGGACACCACGGUGCCUGGCCUGGCCAGGGGGGAGCAGCAGGUCUACAAAGGACUGAACACCAAGACCAAGAAGAGGACCAUCACGACGUUCGAGAGGGACUCCAUCCUGUCGGGCCUGACGGGGCAGCUGGACUACAGCGGCUUCGAGAAGGCCGACAUGGUGAUCGAGGCCGUGUUCGAAGACAUCAACAUCAAGCACAAGGUCCUCAAGGAGGUGGAAGCUGUCAUCUCUCCACACUGUAUAUUCGCCAGCAACACGUCGGCACUGCCCAUCAAGGACAUCGCGGCGGCCAGCAUCAGACCAGAUAAGGUGAUCGGCAUGCACUACUUCUCCCCGGUGGACAAGAUGCAGCUGCUGGAGAUCAUCACCACGAAGCAGACGUCCAAGGACACCACGGCCGCCGCUGUGGCCGUCGGCCUCAAGCAGGGCAAGGUCAUCAUCGUGGUCGGGGACGGGCCCGGCUUCUACACCACCCGCUGUCUGGGGCCCAUGCUGGGGGAGGCAGUCCGAGUGCUGCAGGAAGGGGUGGGGCCCCAGAAGCUGGACCAGCUGACCACUUCCUUCGGCUUCCCGGUGGGCACGGCCACGCUGGCGGACGAGGUGGGCAUCGACGUGGCCGCCCACGUGGCCGAGGACCUCGGCAAGGCCUUCGGCUCGCGCUUCGGCGGCGGGAACGUGGAGGUGCUGAAGACCAUGGUGGACCUGGGCUUCAAGGGCCGGAAGUCGGGGAAGGGGUGCUACGUGUACCAGGAGGGUCUGAAGACCAAGGAGGUGAACCGGGAGCUGGACGACAUCAUGGACAAGUACAAGCUGACCCCCCACCCCUCAGUCUCGUCAGACUCUGACGUGCAGUACCGGCUGGUGUCGCGGUUCGUGAACGAGGCGGUGCUGUGUCUGCAGGAGGGCAUCCUGAACAGCCCGGUGGAGGGCGACAUCGGGGCCGUGUUCGGCCUGGGCUUCCCGCCCUGCCUGGGAGGGCCCUUCCGCUUCGUGGACUCGUUCGGCGCGGACAAGCUGGUGCAGAAGAUGCGGGCGUACGAGGCGGUGUACGGUGACCACUUCACGCCCUGUCAGCUGCUGCUCGACCACGCCAACGACCCCAGCAAGAAGUUCCACAAGUGACGCGUCACCACGCGGCACGCGACCAACUCCACAGAGCUCUGCCCAAUAGAUUGUGACUAGUGAUGUGCCUAACCGCUGUAGACCGUGCCUGGAGAGAUGACCAACGGCUUAGUCCUAUUGCCACAGGAAUCAUCAUUUAGAAAGAAAUCUCACAGAAGUUGUUCUAUUUUUUUGAUACCAUUUGAUUAUUCUUCGUGCUGUGGAGUUCGGAAAAUUGUAAACCUAAUGGUUUAUUCAUGCCCUGCAAAACCUGUUAAUAUAAAACAUAUUCGUACUUAUCUGGGCUUUUUUUGGUUGGAUGUCUUCCAAUGCACUUAAGUGUCUUUUCUACAUUAGGCCUAUCUAAUUAAGCCAUUAUUUCAUAAGCUAAUGUACAUUUGAGCCACUAAAUUAAAUUCUAUCCAACCAUC